AUGAGCGACGCCCCAGAGACGCUGACGCUCGAGCUUCUUCACCACUUCACAAUUUCCACAUCUGUCACACUCUCCCCUGAUCCCAGAGUCCGAGACGUUUGGCGAGUUGUAGUUCCUCAGAUGGCAUUUACCACAGACUACAUCCUUGACGGAAUUCUUGCCCUUGCUGCCCUUCACAUUGCUCGUUAUGACAGCGGGCGGAGACACGUUCUCCUGCCUUAUGCCAUAGACCGACAUUCAGCAUCUCUAUCGAAAGCCCUACCGCAGAUUCCGGGGGUGACGGCCCACAAUUGUACGCCUCUUUUUGUUUUUGGGGUGUUAACGCUCUUCUUCAGCCUGGCACAGCCUGCCCUGGAGGUCCCAACAGAGCCAUCUAGCAAGGACAUCAUUCCCGAAUGGCUACAUCUCCUGCGAGGUAUUGAUGCCGUGGUGAUGGCUGAGAACUCCCUAUUUUCCUCGCCCGUGUCAUUAAUAUUUCGAAGUUCCUGGGGAAGCUUGAAUUACUGGAAAUCGCAUGUCCCGGAGCAACACCAGGUCCUCGCAGACUUGGAAGAGAAAAUAUGCACAGAAACCUCGGAAGAUCCAGAAAGGCUCAUUGCACUACGAGAAGCUGUCGUAACCUUGAAUCGAAGCUUCUCGUUUUUGUAUGGCGGAAAUUUCAAGGAUCAGGAUAAAUUGCGUGGAUUUUACGAAUGGCUCUUCGAGAUUACUGACUCAUAUCUGCACCUCUUGAAGAACGGCGAUAAUGGAGCGCUAUGUGUGCUCGCUUUUUACGCGGUACUGGUGAGAGAUUUAGAGAAAUACUGGUGGAUAGAAGGGUGGGCGAUUCGUCUGAUCAAGGGAAUUUACAUGCUUCUAGAUGGAGAGCAUCGGUUGUGGAUCAGAUGGGCUAUAGAGGAGAUUGGAUGGGUCCCCGAAAUUAGGUGA